CCAAACAACACAUUAUCGAGCGCAUCAUUACCACUGAGAACACACGUAACAGACAAUGCAGCCCAGAAGAACGGUACUGCAACCAAAGUCCACAGCACGGAGAACCCCACUUCCUUAGUAUUCGGACAUAAAAUAAUGGAUAAGGAGAAUUCAUAUAAUCCUAAAGUUAACAAUGGAAACGUCUUAAGUCAGACUAAUUCUCGAAAUAACGUGAUUCCAAUUUAUAACACGCCUGUGCCACCGACACAACCUCCAACAACAAAAGGAAUUCAACAUUCCAACGGAGGGAGUCCACCAGUUGGUAAUUCUAUGAAUCAAGUUAAUCGUGGAAGUGCGACAGCGACUUUGGAUAGUGCAUCAACAAAUUCAUCAAACAAACCUGCUGUCUCAAUCGUCAUUUGGGUGAGAUGUUUAGAUAGUUGCAGAGGACUCAUCAAAAAGAUUAUUAACAAAUUAACCCGUAUAUUUGUAGUGCUCGAUGAAUACUGUAGUCCUAUAAAAAGAACCGAAAAGAAUUUAUUUAUCGAGGGGGUACCAGAUCUCAAUCUCUCUAGCGAGCAAUCUAGUCAAAAGAAAGUCCAGGCAAGUGUCGAUUCCACAUCUUCACAGAAGAUUAAAAUGUCACCGAGAAAACAGCUCCAAAAUUACAAGAAGGAUUUGAAGUUAAGUGAUAGCACGAACAUUGACCAGAACACGGGAAAGAGAAGGCUGAACCCAAGCGAGAAUACUUCUGUCAAACAUCCGAU